GAAAACUCAUCACAUUUUAUUUUAUAUAGGUACACCGUAAGCGCGGCUGCUGUGGAACUUGUCGGAGAGAGGCAAGGAAGGGAGGCGGAGGAAGGAAGAAGUAUAGGUAGGGCUAGGUAAUGGUACCUAUAGAGUCACCAACCCAAUUACCCAACAGGCCAACAGCAUGAUUUUGACGUCUAAAGUCUGUGAGAGGAUUACGCAUUUUUCCAAAUGUAAAUACAUUUGUGAGGAUUUUUUGACAGCUGUUGAAAAUUUUGAAUAUAUUUAUCUGACAAUGGAAGUUAUUACACCAAAACAUCGUCUACUAAAGUUUAAAAAAGAGGUUCUAGAUGAAUUGAAAAUAGAUUUUAAAAAGAUCAAGCCUUUUGAUCAGCAUUUAAGCGAGGCAGAGUCCGAGGAAAAACUAAACAAGAUUAUUUUAUGGUUGAGCAACACACCUAAAAAUAUUGUGUACAGAGUUAACACAAUUUUAAAUAGGCAACAAGUAGUACACCAUCGCAUUGUAGAAGCAUUAAAAAAGUACACAAGACCUAUUCCAAUCAUUUCUACUUUCCCAUGUGUGGAGGAAUUGAUCAUUGUAAAUGGCUGGGACAAAUCAGUCGAAUUAAACCUGGAAAGACAACAAUAUGAGGUUAUCGUUGAUGCAGCUUGUGGAGCAGCUGUCCUAAGAGGAGCUCAUAUUUAUGCUCCAGGUGUUUUGGGGAUGCCUCGAGGCUUAAAAGUUGGAGAUAUAGUAAGUGUUUAUGCUGAUCUUGAGCAAGCUUGUAAAAAAGGUUUAGUCACAGAGUAUGAUAAGAAAAACAAAUUGUUUGUGGGAAAUGGUAUUGUUCAAUUGACUAGAGAACAAAUAUUUGGUCAUGAAACAGAGCAUACCAGUGGUAUUGCUGUCACCAUGACUGAUAUUAUAUCGCAUAUUCCACAAAUAAAUGACAAUAUAUUACCUAAAGGAUACGUGCUACUGCAGAAUUUACCAUCUAUACUAUGCUCUCGAGUGUUGGACCCUCAACCAGGAGAAACUGUACUAGAUAUGUGUGCAGCUCCAGGCAAUAAAACAACACAUAUUGCUGCUUUAAUGGAAAAUAAGGGUGUUGUUGUAGCAAUAGAGAAAAUAAAAAAUAAACUUGAGAGAUUGAAUUCGAAUAUAGAAAAUUUCUCGGCGACGAUUGUUAAAGCUUAUUGCUUCGAUUCAACUAAGGCUGUUUGUGAUGCAGAAGAAAAAUCCAUUUUUGAUGGGCCACCUUACUCCAAAGAAAGUUUUGAUAGAGUAUUGUUAGACGGACCUUGCAGUGCUUUAGGCCAAAGACCUCAAAUUCGCAAUCCUAUUAGUGUAUCACAAUUGCGUUCCUAUGUGCCUUUGCAAAGAAAACUAUUUACUUCGGCAGUCCAACUAUUAAGGCCUGGCGGAACUCUAGUCUACAGUACUUGUACAAUUACAAUUGCUGAAAACGAAGGUAUAAUCGCUUGGGCUUUAAAAACAUUUCCGAAUCUUGAAUUGCGAUCUGUUCGUGAAAAAUUGAUGAGUAUGAAAAUGGAAAAAUUUGCCACAGUUGGAUACACUAUUGAUGGUUUGACUACUGAACAGUCUGAUAAAUUGUGCAGAUUUGAUGAAAAUGAUACUGUUGGAUUUUUUAUAGCUUGUUUCAUUAAACGAUGAAACGUUAAUCGAAUCUUGUAAAAUAUACGUGUUACUUUCAUAAAAGGAGAA